UCCAACCAUGGUUUGCGACACCAUCCUCACCAUGGCCCUUGUGAUGCGUGCGAGCGUGGUAAAAAGAAGAAAAGAAAGGAGCAAAACCGGAAGGCACAGCGUAAUCACCGUCUCCGCAGUGAAACCAAACUUGACCAAUUGCGGACCAUGGUGCAAUCACAGACCCAAGAAAUAGCGGCGCUGAAGGAGGUCAACUGUCUCCUUGAAAAAGAUCUG